AGGCUAUGGGCAAAAGAAUAUGUAACAACAUUUUGCGGAAAUUCAAAAUUAUUUGACCUUUGAUUUUAAUUAAAAUCACCAAAAGUUUUAUUUAUUUAAUUUCUCCAAAGGAAACGAGACAGGAGUGCAGUUUUGCAUGUCAUUUUGGUUUUGGGCACAGCCUAAAAGUAUGAUCUAAAAACAACUGUGACACCACCAGUUUUAUACCAGUUUGACAGCAGUACACACCUCCUCUCCAUAAGGUGUGCUUUUAAAAAAAACCACAUGACUAUAUCUUUAAGCGAUGACAGGGACAUGUUUGGUGCUUUGCUGCUUGCCAUCACAAGUGUUGCCUCAGUACAAGCUGCUGAAUGCAUAGUUGGAGUGAUUGGGGACCGUGUCCUCCUUCCCUGUGUUUAUAAUGGGCUGAAAAAUUUGACCUCCUUCCACAUCUCAACUGAAUGGAGAAGAGGAAUGCAAAUAAUACACACCACAGUCUGGAUAGAGGGACAAGUGGACAAUCAAAAUGUGUCCCACAGUAUCCGGACUACAGUGUCAUCUUUAGCCCCCAAAACCGGAGAUUUUUCCAUGGAGUUACACGAUAUACAUUUAUCAGACACACAUAAUUACAGUUUUCAUCUUAAGCCCCACGGUGAAAAAAGCAGCUCUCUUUGCACUGUCUGUCUCACCGUAGCAGGUCAUUUCAGCCAUCCUACUUUAUUAAGACAGAAUGGAGUGGAUGGUGGCGAAACCAGAUUGUUUUGCAGCUCCAGAGGAGGAUUUCCUGCUCCAUCCAUUUCCUGGCUUGUUAACCAUACACAGUCUCCUCCAGAAACAUUAGUCAAAACAUAUAUGAAUGUUCUACCACAGUCUGAACUCUACAACAUCACAAGUGUCCUAUCCAUCAACAUAUCAGCAGACACUGCCGUAACCUGUGUCAUAGAAAACAACCUGCUGAACGAAACUUUAACAGCAACGAGCGUUGGUGUUCGUUCAAGUACAUCGGUGGUCCGGCUGUCAGAGCACAUGUGGGCGUUCAGCGCUGCUCUGUGUGUGGCCGUAUUCUUCCUGGUGGCUGCGUCUUUGGGUUUCCAGAAGAAAUGGGACCGAGAUAGAAAAAGAAAGCAACACAGAUAUGGAGAUGAUUCAUCUAGCGAGGGCACUGACAUGAUUGUGUUCGAUUUGGAGCAAUGGGCUUCCCUUCCAGAGACAGAUGUGUAACAUUGUAACACUGUGAUUGACUGGAAAUGAUUCACAGUUUCAUAGUCGAUGAAUCAGCUUGAGAUGCAAGACACAAACUGAUUUUAUUGAAUAUAGUCUUUUUUUCCAUACAGUCAGCUAAACAAAAGACAUGCAACUGAGUGGAAUAAAACGUGUCAAGCUAAAAAUAUGAAUUGAUCUGAGAAUAAAAAAACAAUUUUUUAUUGUUAA